AUGGAGUAUGUACAAUUAGGAGAAAAGUUAGGUUUGCAAGGAACUGAGUUACAAGAGUUUGUUGACAGAAAAGAGAGAGAAUAUUUUGAAAGGAUGGAAAGGGCAGCAGAGAGAGAAGCGAGAAAGAUUGAGAGCGAAAUUGAAUUAGAAAAACUUAAGAAAGAAACUGAAUUACAAAAAUUAAAAGCUGGAGAAUUAGCUGUAGGUCCAUUAGGUCUUGCUUCUCAAUCGCUUGCUAAGUUGCCAAAGUUACCUCCGUUUGAUGAAUCUAAAGAUUGUAUUGAUUCAUAUUUACAGAGAUUCGAAAGGUUUGCUUCGUGUGCUAAGUGGGAACAGUCUUCAUGGGCGAUUAAUCUUAGUGCUCUCCUGAAAGGUAAAGCUCUUGAGGUGUAUUCUAGACUUCCAGUUUCAGAGGCUCUGAACUAUGGUUCCUUGAAACAGGCGUUGUUAAGGCGUUUUCAACUGACAGAAGAGGGGUUUCGUGUCAAGUUCCGUUCCAGCAGACCAGAACAGGGUGAGAAUCCUUCACAAUUCUUUGCUAGGCUGAACAAUUAUGUAGAGAAAUGGUUGUCUUUAGCAGAUAGUCCUAAAGCAUAUGACGGUCUUAAAGAUUUAUGUUUAAGAGAACAGUUUUUAAACAGUUGUAGUAAGCAGUUGGGAAUGUAUCUUAAAGAAAGACAUCCGAAAAACGUAGAAGAAAUGUCAAAUCUCGCAGACCAAUUUAUUGAAGCCCAUGGUUAUACUUCAUUCACUAAAGACUUACAAGUUUUUCAGAGGCAACCUCAAGUAUUUCCAGUAUUCAGGGUAACAGCAGUGGAUCCUUUCAAAAGCAACAGGCGUACCAAGGAUCACCACAGCAAAAUGAAUUCUGCUGAAGUCAAGACGGACAAUGCUAUAUCGCAUCAAAAUCAGCCUCACAUAGGAUCAGCAUGCAUUCUCAAACAUAAACUGUUGCAGUGUUGUGUCACAGAUGGACUUGUAAAACUUGCGUGUGGACACAUAUUACCUGUUAUUGGAGGCGUCUGCAAGGUUUGUGAAAAGAUGCCCGUUGCUAUGGGUUAUGUCGGUGAGAACUUUGUUAAAGUAUUAAGAGACUCAGGUUGUAGUGGUGUUGUGAAGAGAGAUUUGGUUACAGAUGAUCAGCUGACUGGGCAAGUGCAGAAAUGUGUUUUGAUAGACGGUACAGUUCGUACAGUAGAGGAGGCUUCCGUCUAUGUCGACACUCCCUAUUUCACAGGUAAUAUCAAUGCUCUAUGUAUGAAAGAACCUGUUUACGAUCUUAUUAUAGGUAACAUCGAUUGUGCCAAAAAUCAGACGGAUCCUGAUCCACAGUGGUGUAGAAAGGACGAAAGAGAAGAGUGUAGUCAAGUUCUUCAAGCAGUACAGACAAGGAAUCAAAAGAAAAAAGAAGAGAAAGGUAUGAAAAAGCUAAGAGUUACAGAUUUAGUGGAUACUGAUAUGACAAUUGAUCAGAUGAAACAACUGCAGAUGGAUGAUUCUUCCUUGAAAGUGUAUCGUGAGCAUGCAGCGACUGGCAGAAAGAAGAACAUUGGUGAAAAUAUAGAGACAUGGUUUAGUGUUGAAAGAGGACUGUUGUACAGACAUCAUUAUUCAAAAAAGGUUAGUGAUGAUGAACUGUAUAAACAACUUGUUGUUCCAGAAUCUUUGCGACAGAAAGUUAUGAAGAUUGCGCACGACAGUAUCCUAGGCGGACAUCUUGGUACAAAGAAGACUCUAGACCGCAUCAUGUCGAAUUUCUAUUGGCCUGGAAUCCAGGGUGACGUGACAAGAUAUUGCCAAUCAUGUGACAUAUGCCAAAGAACAUUUCCUAAAGGCAAAGUGACGAAGUUGCCGUUGGAGAAAAUGCCACUUAUUGAUACACCAUUUGAACGAGUAGCCGUAGAUUUGGUAGGUCCGCUUUCUCCAAUUACUGACAAAGGCAAUAGAUAUAUUUUGACUGUUGUAGAUUACAGUACUAGGUAUCCAGAGGCGGUUGCAUUGAAGAACAUCGAUACAGAGACGGUGGCAGAAGCGUUGGUAGAGAUAUUCAGCAGAGUCGGCAUUCCAAAAGAAGUUCUGUCGGACAUGGGUACGCAAUUUACCUCCAACAUCAUGAAAGAGGUGGGUCGACUUUUAUCAUUUAAGCAAUUAGUAACAACUCCAUACCAUCCAGCAUGUAAUGGACUAGUAGAAAAGUUCAAUGGUACUUUGAAGUCAAUGUUAAGGAAAAUGAGUUCUGAAAGACCAAAAGACUGGGAUAGAUAUUUACCAGCAUUGUUAUUUGCUUAUCGAGAAGUUCCACAAGAAAGCACUAAAUUUUCUCCAUUUGAUCUAGUUUAUGCACGUAAUUUUAGGGGACCUAUGGCAGUUUUGAAAGAACUGUGGACAAAGGAGGAGAAGGAUCCGGAAGUGAAAACUACUUACCAGUAUGUGCUUGACCUGAAGGAGCGAUUGGCAAGAACGUGUGAGCUGGCUCAGAGAGAACUUCAGAAGUCCAAAGACCAUUACAAAAAACAUUAUGAUAAAAGGACAAAGCCGAGAUCUUUCAAGGUUGGUGAUUUCGUUCUUCUCUUGCUUCCAACAGACCAUAACAAACUUUUAAUGCAGUGGAAAGGACCUUUCAAAGUAGUUGAUAGAAAAGGACAAACUGAUUACCAGAUAGAUAUGAAUGGACAUAUUCGUUUGUUUCAUGCAAAUUUAUUGAAGAAAUACAAUGUUCGAGAGGAAAGGAAUACAGACUCGCCAACAACUUUAGCCUCUUGUGUCGUUUUGGAAUCGGAGGAAACAGAGGACUCAAGUAAUGAACAUUUGUUACAUAUUCUUCCAAUGAAGGCAACAGAAUCAUUCACAGAUGUUAAGGUAAAUCAUUCACUGUCAUCAGAUCAGCUUGAAUCCAUUAAUGAUGUCUUACAUGAAUUUCAGGAAGUUUUAACAGAUCUACCUGGUAGAACGAAUGUUAUCCAGCAUGAAGUUCAUCUCACUACCAAAGAACCAAUCAGAAACAGACCAUAUCAGAUACCGUAUGCAGUCAGAAGUGCAGUCCGAGAAGAAAUACAGCAUAUGAUUGACAUGGAUAUCAUCGAACCAUCAGAAUCACCGUAUGCUAGUUCGAUUGUCGUGGCAAAGAAGUCCGAUGGUAGCCAGAGAAUAUGUGUGGAUUUUCGUAACUUGAAUAAGGUAACGAUUUUUGAUCCAGAACCAAUGCCAGAUCCAGAUGAAAUCAUGACUAAAAUAAGCAAUAGUCGUUUCUUUUCUAAACUUGAUUUAUGUAAGGGUUAUUGGCAGAUUCCAAUGAGAGAAGAAGACAGAGAUUUAACAUCAUUUUUAACACCAGAUGGUUUGUACAGAUUUAAAGUAAUGCCCUUCGGUAUGAAAAAUAGCCAAGCUACUUUUAAUAGACUCAUGCGGAAAAUUCUAAAAGGUUUAGAGCAUACUGAUAGUUUUGUUGAUGACAUUCUCAUUCAUACAGAAACUUUUGAAGAACAUAUUACAGAACUGAGAAAAGUGCUGGAGAGACUACAGAGAGCACAAUUAACAGCAAAACCCUCAAAAUGUGAGAUAGCGCAGACGAGACUUGAGUACUUGGGUCAUGUUAUUGGAGGAGGAACCUUACAGCCAACCAACAAGAAGAUGAGAGCUAUCCAAGAAGCACCAAGGCCAGAGACAAAGAAGCAGCCCAAUUCUCAGAUUACCAGAUUUGACAAAGCCAUUCAUCUUAAGAACUGGUGCAUCUAA